AUGGCGCUCACCGCCUCCUGCGACGCGUUGUACUUCCCGAGCAAUCCAAGGGAUAAUGUACUCACAGUACGGUGGAGCGCGCAGGACGCGCCGCUGCUGCCGAACACAAGCGUCAUCUUUAAGAUCAAGUGCACCGCGCCGCACCUGUUCCACGCGCAGCCACGCUAUGGCGCACUCCUCCUCGCCGACACCGCCGGGGCCUCAAUGCCGAGCUCGAAUCAGACGACAACGAUCACGUUUAGCCUCCGCGGGAAUCACGGCGACGGCGAUGGAGGCAUCUCCCCGAGCGGUGGAAGUCGGCAGACCGCGUCGCGUGCCUCGAGCGCCACGCCGGGCGGCCCAGCAUACCAGGAGCGCUUCGCCAUCGAAUACGUGCUGAUCAAGUCGGAGCCGCUCGCCUUUCAGCAGAUUUUGAGCUCCCUCGCCGACGCGGCGCGGAUGACGGAGGUGGUGAAGAAUAUGUGGUCUCUCAUCGCCUCCGGUGCUAUUCCGCGCACACACCUCGGUGUUCAGGGCGGGAUCAACCUGAAGGUGUACAUGGAGAACGUUGUGCUGCAGUCCAGCGACCCAGCACCGAACGGCGGCGACGAGGCCACGAAGGUUAUCGUUCCUCCCGAGGCCCGCCUCGUUGUCCCGAUUGAAUCGGAGCGGCACAGCGGCAGCGUCGCUGACGCCACCAACUCUCGCCGUACUCAGGCUACUGUAUCCCCAUCCCCACGGCUUUACAGCGGUGGUGACGUGGCGCACCACCAAGACAGCACGUCGCUUGUCGCCAGACGCAAGCCCUCCGAUGAGCUGCGUGCCCUUCGGGAGGAGAUCAAUACAAUGCGCCGCGAGCCCGUCACACAGAGCAGUGCUGCUGGGGGCACUGUGCUCAACAGCCUCUCGCCGUCUGCGAACACACCGAACAGCCAGGCGCGUGGGAAUCAGGGAAGUGCAGCAGUGGAGGCAUUCUCCGCCCCUCGCGUUGCCGGUGCCAGCAGCUCUGACAACCUCAUCAUGAAGUUCAACCUGGGUGACGUGGUUGGUCGCGCUGAUGCUCCAGCAGCAGCGCAAAGAGGAGGCCUCAAGGUGUACAUGGUGCUGACCUUAAUGUUCGCCUUGUACAUCAGCCUACUCUUCAUGCGUCGCGGCGCAACACGCGCCGUAGAGAGCGGCAAGCAUGGUUGUGGCACCGGCACCCAUGAGGCGGCGAAUUCGUGCGCCCUUCAGGUCUCAUCGCCGUAG